UUUAUUGAUAGAAUUCCAAAACGAUAUAUGGUGGAAGGAUCAACUAAUGUCUAUGAUGUCUAUAAUGUCUUCUGUAGGUGUCCUGCCAGCUAUCAAGAAGGGCACUAAAGUUACUAAAAUGGAGACAACAGAACCCCUAUGUCCCUUGACACCUGAUGGGGAGAUAAUGAUGACAACCACCCAUGCAGCACGGGCAGCUCCUUCCCAGACCCUGGAAGAAGAGGUGGGGGGAGCUGAGGUCUCCGAGAUGAGUGACAGCUCCCUGAUGCUUACCAAGAACAGGCAGGACUCCCUGGAGAAGAUUCCCUCCCUCCUACCAGGCAAGGAGGACAUCCUCCUUCGCAGCACUCCCUGUGCCACCGUCAUGAGCCCCCAGACUCUGAAGUUUAUUCUCCAUGGCAUCAUGUGCCGACUGGAGGCCUCAGAGUCCCCCCAGACAAGGAGGACCAAUGACCCCUUCAGGCUGAUGAAGGAUCUCUUUGUGGAGGUCCAGCAUGCCCUGAAGAAUGCUGACAUCUCUGUCGUCUUUGGCCUGCAGGAGAGCAUCCAAUUCAGUGGGGAGGAUGCGGUGAAGGCCAUCGUGAAGACUGCGGCUAAAAGAUUGUCCCUGCGUUCAGACUCCAACCGGGCUCAACUGCGUGCCGCACGCUCUGGUAGCGAGGGAGCCAUCGGGUGCAUGGCGGACACCAUCACACAAGUCAUAGAUGACUAUUCCGAGAACUGGAGUUCCGACGGCCAUUUUGGAGCCAGGAGGAGCCGUGCUAGUGGGAGAUCACACUCCUCAACCUCCUCAAGGAGUGACGUCACCCUCACCGAGGAGCUCCUGGCUUGGAGGGAAACCCUAGAAGAGGACCUAGAGGAGAUGGCUGAUGACAGCACUGGUUUGGAAAAGACCAGUGUAAGCUCAGCCAUCUCUGAGAAGUCCCAGGUAAUUAGAUACCUUUCUGAAAGCACCAAGCCCAUCAGCAGCGCCCUCUCCACAGACCUCAAGGACAUCACCUCCACACAGAAAGAGAAGGAAGAGGCUAUGAAGAAAGAAGUGAGGAAGUCAGGAAAGAAGAAGCGAGGAAAUAACAAGGACCAGAAGAAGAACAAGGUGUCUCCUCUUGGCAAUGAUAGUAUUGUAGCUGCAGAUGAGCCUAAGAAAAAACAGGCUCUCCUCCCGCGGAUCACAGCCGCCCUGGCAAAAGUAUUUUGCUUCCCCUGCAAAAACAAAAUGCAAAAAGUAACUGUGCAGAAGACGAGUUUGGGAUAAUCCUGCUGCCACCUCCCCCAACCCAUUUUUUUUUUUAAACUCUCAAAGCCAACAGAAGAGGGAGGGAGACAACACCCCCUACUCACAACUCAUUUUAUUACACCCCAUUUAAU